CGCUCAACCUCUGCUACCCCAUUGAAUUAUCCCGUUCACUCCGAAAUAGCGACAAUGGCGAAGGGUUCCAAAGACAAGUACUCCGUCCUCCUCCCUACUUACAAUGAGCGUCGCAACCUCCCUGUCAUAACAUUUCUUCUGAACAAGACCUUCACUGAGAAUGACCUCGACUGGGAACUCAUUAUUGUAGACGACGGCUCCCCCGACGGCACGCAGGAAGUCGCCGCGCAACUCCAGAAAGUAUACGGCAGCUCUCGCAUCCAGAUCCGCGCCCGCGCAGGCAAGCUCGGCCUCGGCACCGCUUACGUCCACGGUCUUCAAUUCGCGACGGGGAACUUUGUCAUUAUCAUGGAUGCCGAUUUCUCGCACCACCCCAAGUUCAUUGCGGAGAUGGUGCGCGUGCAGAAGAGCGGGAACUACGAUAUUGUGACUGGGACAAGAUAUGCUGGAAAUGGAGGCGUGUAUGGCUGGGAUUUGAAGCGCAAGUUCGUGUCAAGGGGAGCAAACCUGUUUGCGGAUACUGUGCUUCGGCCUGGCGUGAGCGACCUGACUGGCAGCUUCAGGUUGUACAAGAAGGAGGUGUUGGAGAAGGUCAUCAAGAGCACGGAGAGCAAGGGCUACACCUUCCAGAUGGAAAUGAUGGUGCGGGCGAAGGCUAUGGGAUGCACCGUAGCUGAGGUACCGAUUUCGUUUGUGGAUCGGUUGUAUGGAGAGAGCAAGUUGGGUGGAGACGAGAUUGUGGAAUAUGCGAAGGGUGUACUCAGCUUGUGGUUGAAGGUCUAAAGUGCCGCCCAGGGAAAGCUUACGGGCAGAGAAAGCAUACUCUGAGCAGAAUGAGGCAGCAGUUCGGUUCCGCCUUAGGCACGGCGUCGGCGUUGAAUGGGUUUUGCUGGACUGAGGAGGCCUGCGGCAUCUUGAUUCAGGGAUAUCCGGAAUGCAUUAGUAGAGUGAUUGUAUUAACACACGUAAUUUCUUCUAGGGAUUAUGUAUUUUGCUACUGGCAUAGCCGAAAUUGAGCCACUGCAUCAUUC